AUGCGGAAACAAAAGCAGAAUUAGUUAGAUGAAAUCGAAUUGAGAUUUAAUGUAGAAUGGGUUAGGAAUCAAAAGGAAUUGUAGGCAUGGGUAGCAAAUAUGAAAGUUAUAAGUACUUAUGAUGAGAGCGAAAAAGAAUUCACUGCAUUAUUAGUUUAUGUGAUUACUUAAAAUGGUACUAUAAUAUAUUAUUUUAGGGGAGUUUCUUAAAUUGAUGUAUGAUAUUCCUCCUUAUUUCUAUGUUGAAUGUAAUUAAGAACAUAUAAAUGAAUUGGCUAUGCAUUUAGAAAAUAAAUAUGAAAAAUAAAUUCUAAAAGUUGACAUUAUUGAAAGGGUAGAUUUGGAUAAAGUAUAACAUAUAAUAGGAGGAAAAGAGAAAUUCAUUAAAUUAUAAUUUAGAUUAAUUUAAGACUUAGUUUAAGUUAGAAAUCAAUUAAAGGCUAGAAGUGAUAAGAAUCGUAGAAAUUUCACUGAAAAUGAAUUAUUAAUUAAUAAACCUUCAACAACAAAAGAUAUCUUAGAUUAAUUAAUUGGAGUAAGAGAAUAUGAUGUACCAUAUCAUUGUAGAGUAUGUAUUGAUACUGGAUUGAGAUGUUGUAAAUGGUUCAAAUUUGUAUUGAAAGAAAGAAGAAUAGCAGAAUGCAUUGAAAUUAAAGAAAUGAUUAGUAUGCCUGAAUUAAAGUUUCUUGCUUUUGAUAUUGAAACAUAUAAAUAACCACUUAAAUUUCCAGAUGCUAAAAAUGAUUAAAUUAUGAUGAUAUCUAUCACUCAUAGUUAAAAUAGUAUUCUGAUUACUAAUAUGCAAACAUUAGGAUAAGAAGUAUAAUCUUUUGAUUAUGCUCCAAAACCUGAAUUUGCAACCUAAGCAAUUAUUUAUAAUGAACCUGAUGAGAAAUCACUUUUACUUAAGUUUUUUUAAGUCAUUUUAGAUUAUAAACCAAUAAUUAUAUCAUCAUUUAAUGGAGAUCGUUUUGAUUGGCCAUAUAUUGAAGAGAGAUGUUUAACUCAUGGAUUCUAUUUAGAAUAAGAAAUUGGAAUUAAAAAAAAUGAAGAAAAUAAUGAAUAUUAUGGUAGAUAUGUUAUUCAUAUGGAUUGUUUUGCAUGGGUUGAAAGAGAUGCAUAUCUACCUUAAGGAAGUCAUGGUUUAAAAGCAGUGACAAAAGCUAAAUUGGGAUAUUAACCAAUUGAAGUAGAUCCUGAAAAAAUGGUAUCUAUGGCUAUAUAGGAUAGUUAAUAAUUUGCAGGUUAUUCAAUAUCAGAUUCAGUUGCAACAUAUUGGUUAUAUAGAAAACAUAUUCAUGAUUUUAUUUUAGCACUUUGUACAAUUAUUCCAUUAUCACCUGAUGAAGUAUUAAGAAAAGGAUCAGGUACAUUAUGUGAAUGUCUAUUAAUGGCUUAGGCAUUUUAAAGAGAAAUUAUAUUUCCAAAUAAAACUACAUCAUCAUUAGAGAAAUUCCAUAAUGGUCAUUUAAUAGAUUCAGAAACAUAUAUUGGUGGUAAAGUGGAAUGUUUAAGAAGUGGAAUAUAUAGAAGUGAUAUUGAUGUAGAAUUUAAGAUUGACAAGGAAUGUAUGUAAUCAAUGUGGAGUGGUGUUGAUAGUUUGAUUAGAUUUGUAGGAAAGAUUGAAAAUGAAACAUUUAGUGAAGAGGAAAUAGAAAAGUGUAGUGAAAAGAUAAGAUCAAGUUUAGAUUUAUUAAUAGAAAGAGGAGAAAUAUUCAAAGAAAAACCAUUAAUAUAUCAUUUAGAUGUUGCUGCAAUGUAUCCUAAUAUUAUAUUAACAAAUCGUUUAUAACCAGUAUCAAUUGUUGAUGAAAGUACUUGUUCAUAAUGUUUUUUUAAUUAACCAUAAAAUAAAUGUUAAAGAUAAUUAGAAUGGUAAUGGAAAGGUGAUUUUUUUCCUUUGAAAAGAAGUGAAUUUGAAUUUGUAAAAUAAUAAUUGGAGUAGGAAUAGACAGAUAAUGAAAGGUCGGAUUAUGAAGAGAAAAAAAAAUAAUUAUUAAAGGAAGGAUAAGAUAUAAGAAAAUUAUAAUUAAAAGGAUUUAGUGAUUUGCCUCUUGAUGAAUAAGCAAAAAGAAUUAAAUAGAGAGUUAUAGAACAUUGUAAAAAAUCAUAUAAAUCUAUUCAUUAACAUUCAGUAGAAUUAAGAAAAGAUACUGUUUGUAUGAGAGAAAAUGAUUUUUAUGUAUAAACAGUUAGAAAUUUUAGAGAUAGGAGAUAUGAAUUUAAGGAGUUAGUAAAAGUGUAUAAGAAUAAAUUAGAAUAAGCUAAAAAAGAUGGUGUAGGAGUAAAAGAAUGUCAUGAUUUUAUGGCAUUAUAUGAAUCCUUAUAAUUGGCACAUAAGAUUAUUUUGAAUUCUUUUUAUGGUUAUGUAAUGAGAAAAGGUGCACGUUGGUAUUCUAUGCCUAUGGCUGGUAUUGUCACUCAUAUGGGUUCAUAGAUAAUAUCAACUGCAAAGUAAAGAGUUGAUUAAAUAGGAUUACCAUUAGAAUUAGAUACUGAUGGUAUUUGGUGUUUGUUACCAUCAGGAUUUCCUGAAGAUUUUAUUAUAAAAUGUUAGAGUGGUAGAAAUUUGAAGUUUAGUUAUCCAUGUUACAUAUUAAAUGAAUUAGUUUAUGAAAAAUAUAAGAACAAUUAGUAUUAAUGGUUAAUAAAUCCAGAAACAUUGGAAUAUGGUAUUAAAAGUGAAAUGUCAAUCUUUUUUGAAGUUGAUGGUCCAUAUAGAUGUAUGAUAAUACCUGCAGCUAGAGAAGAGAAUAAAUAAUUGAAGAAGAGAUAUGUAGUGUAUAAUAAAAAUGGAUCAAUUGCUGAAAUUAAAGGUUUUGAAAUUAAAAGAAGAGGAGAGUUAUAAAUUAUUAAAUAAUUUUAAUAGGAUUUAUUUUCAGAAUUUUUGAAAGGUACCAAUUUAACAGAAUGUUAUCAGGCUUGUGCUGAAGUUGGAAAGAAAUUGUUAAAAAUAUUAAUGACAGGAGGAGAAGGAAUACCAUAAUAGGAGUUACUUGAUUUAAUUGGUGAAAGUAGAGUACUUUCAAAAGAAAUAUCUGAAUAUGAUAAUAAAAAAGGAGUUGCAAUAACUGCAGGAAAAAGAAUAGCUGAAUAUUUAGGGUCUGAUUAAAUAAGAGGAGGAAGUUUAAAUUGUUAAUAUAUUAUAACAAAAUUACCUCAUAAUACUCCAGUUAAUGAAAGAUCAAUUCCUUUACUCAUAUUUGAAUCUUCUUUUGAAACUAGAAAGAAGUACUUAAGAAAAUGGCUCAAGGAACCAUAAUUACAAGAUGAUGAUUUAACAUUAUGUAAGAUUGUGGAUUGGGAUUACUAUAUUGAAAGAUUAAAGAAUACUAUUUUAAAAUUAUUAGUUAUACCAGCUGCUUUGUAGAAUAUUGAAAAUCCUAUACCUGAAGUAGAUCCUCCUGAAUGGUUAUUAAAGAAAUUAAGAGAGAAGGCUUCAGGAUUAUAGCAAACAAAAAUAAAUAAAUAUUUCAGUUAAAUAAAUAAAUUGGCACAUCAAUUAGCAGAAUUAAAAUUUUAACCUAUAGAUAUUGAAGAAAAUAAGUAGUUAUCUAAUAAAAAGAAACAUUAAAUUAAUGAAGAUAUAUCAAAGUAAUUACAUAAUCCAUAUAAUAUGGAAACAGACUUUAAAAAUUUCCUUAAAGCUUAAAAAUAAAUAUGGACUAAGGAAUUUAGAAAUAAAUAAUAAAAUAAGAAUAUUAAUGGAAGAGGUAAUUUAAAAAAUAUGAUUAAAUUUAACAAAUAAUAAUUAUUUAAUUCAGUUUGGUAAGUAUUAUAAUUUUAUGAAGUUGAACCAGGUUUAUUUUUAACUUGGAUACUUUUAGAGAAUGGUACAUUAACAAAUGUUUAAAUUUAAGUUGAUAGAACUAUUUAUACAAAUCAAUUAACAAAAGAACCUGAAUAAUAAACAAUUAAAAAAAGUUUGCCAAGAGAUAAAAAAGUUCAUUAUCUUUAUUAAUUAACAAUGGAUGAAUCUUCAUUUCAAAAUGAACAUAAAUAAUUAUUUUAAUAUGAAGCAAAUCCAAAUACAGAAAGUUUAUAUGAACAUAAAAUACCAUUAAUAUUUAAAUUAGUAACUGAAUUAGGAGCAAUUUGUAAAGUAAAUAGAUAAUAUGUUUAAAAAUAAAAAAAUGUAUUUAAAUUUGAAGAUUUAUAAAUAGUUAAAGAAUAACCUAAUUAAUAAUAAUAUUUAGAUAAAUUCUAAAAUUCUUUAUAUUAAUUUUCAUAUAUCAUAUUUCAUUUAUAAUUAUAAGAUAAUUUUGGAAUUUGGUCUGUGUUUUAUAAUGAUGAAGUCUUAAUAAUUAUUGUUAGAAAAUCAGAAGAAAAACUUAAUCGUUAAGAUUUAAAUCAAUAUACUAAAUCAGUUUAAGAAUAAUUUGAAUUCAAGAGGAAAUAAUUAUGGAAAGAAUAUAAAAUGGGAUACCAUGAAAAAAAUAAAAUCACUGUUUAAGUAAUGUAAAUAUAUUAAAUCUAAUAUUUUAGGAAAGAUGAUAAAUUGGCUAUUGAUUAUAUUUCUAAUAAUUUUGAGACUCGUGGUUAAGGAAUGAAAUUAUGUAUCUUAAAAAGUAAUAAAGAAUUAACUUAUCUAUAAAGUUAAGGAUUAUAAUUUUUAUGUCUUAAAGUAUAUAAAAUAUAAUUAAUAUAUAGAUUCCUACUUUUUGUAUUCCUAAUCUUCAUAGAGAAUCUAGAAAAGAAUUUUAAUGGGAUAUUAAUACAAUAAAAUAAUAAUUAGAAGAUUAUUGUAAACUUAAAAUUGAAAUGGAGUCAUAUAUUAAUAAUUGUAAAUAUGUAAAAGUUCCAUUAUGCAAUCUUACAUCAUCAAAUUUAGGAAAAACAGAUGUUUUUAAGACAGAAAAUGAGAACUUAAAUUAUACUACUGAUAUUUUCUUUUAAAGAGUUUUAAGAUAGAAAACAAGUUGUUUAUCAUGGUAUGGAAGUGGUUUAGGUAGAGAUAAUAGAGAUUUAGUACCAACAGAAUUUACAAAAACAUAUUUUGAUAAUCCUGGAAUUUAUAUUGGUUAUACUUGUGAAAUUGAUAUUCUUCAUUUUUCUAUUAAUACAAUUGCUUAAUCAGAAGAAAUCAAAAAUUUAGAUAAAGAAGCAAGUUCAUUAGUAGGUUAAAAUGGUAAAUCAGAUAUGCUUGAUAAUUUGGAUGAACUUGGAGGAGCAAAAAUUGCAUUUAGAUUAUUAUAAAUGUUAGUUUCAUCAUGGUUAGAUGAUAUAUAUGUAAAAGGAGAGAAAGUUUCAGAUGAUCAUAUUCUCAAUAUCAAUAUAUGGAUUUAUUCAGGUUAAAGUCCACUUUAUGAUCCUUACUUAGGUAAACUUUUAAAUAGAUUGAAUUUUAAGUUUUUUAGUAUAUUGACAACUAAAUUAAUGUAAUUGGGUGUUAAAAUAGUUAAAGCAUCUCCAACUAAAUUAUUACUUUAUACUGGUAAAUAAUAAAAGGAUAUGGCCAAAUCUUAAAUAGAAUAUAUAAUCAAUACAUUAAGAUAAUCAAAUCUAUUUAAACAUGUAACUUUUUAGUAAUCUAAAUUCUUUACUUCUCUUAUCUAUAAGGAUAAACAUAAUUAUCUUGGAAAAGAUGUCGAUUAUAAUAGUGAUAAUGAUGAGUUCGAUUAUAAAUUAAAAUUAGCUGACUUUUUACCAUCUAUAUUGUCUUAACUUUUUGUUCGUUUAAUAUUUGAAAUUUUAUUAAAAAUUGAAGAACUUAGAAAUAAUCAACUUGAAUAAAUUCGUAUGUUACCUACUAAUUUAUAAAUUUUGAGAAUGACUAAUUUAUAAAAUGACAUUAUCAAUCUUUUAGUUUAAUUUAUUAGUAAUUCUUUUUCUUAAAGAAUCUAUGAUAUAAUAUAAGAAUAUGAUGAGAGAUAUAAAAAAGAAAAAUAAAAUUAUGAAGUUUUUUUAGAAUAAUAAAAAACAAUAGGAUUAGCAGGAUUAACAGUAAAAAUGAAGAGAAUUAAUAUUGAAGAUGAUGAAGAAAUAGAAUAAGAAGAUUAAGAUGAUUAUGAAUAAAAUUCAUUUGUUGUUGCAGAUGAUGAUUUAGAUAAUACUCCAUAAUAAAUUGAAAUUGAAGAAGAAUUAGAAUGUUAAGAAGAUGGUAAAGUAUCUAAUUUUCCUAAAUUAUGGUAUCUUAAAAGUACUCUAGGAGCUAAAAUUGAUUUUCAUAAAUAAGAAUUAAUCAUAUUAAGAACAUUUAUUUAUCUAUGUGCAAUAUUAAGCGUGGAUGAAGAAGUACAUUAAUAAAUGAAAAAAAUUAGAAAUGUAUGUUGUAAAAUAGUUAACAUUUCUGAAUCCUCUAAAGAAGUAUUUUAUAUUAUUAUUAUUCUAGGCUGAAUUUGAAGAUCCUUGUUUUGAUUUAAUAUUGUAAAAUGUCCCUUGUUAUAAAUGUUAUAUGGUUUCAGAAGUUAAUGUUUUCAAAGAUCUAUGGAAAUGUGAAGGAUGCAAAAAUGAUUAUGAUUCUUAAACUAUGGAAAAAUUGAUAUGCUAAUUUGUAGAACAAUAAUUGUUAUUCUAUCAAAUACAAGAUCUUUAUUGUGUCAAAUGUAAAUAAACUUAAGAUUAUUCAUUCUAAAAAAGGUAUAAAUAUAAUUAUAUUUUAUAGUUGUCAAUGUUCUGCCUAAUUUCAAAUAAAGCUUGAUCAAUUUGAAAAAUGCUUUAUUAGAACACCAACAUAACUUUUUGAUAGUUUAUUAUAGUUAGCAAUAGAAAAGAAUCUUCAUGGAUUAAAGACAUUAAUAUCCUCAAUAAAUAUUUGA